CCCAAAACAGGGAGGUUUACCCUUGGCAGAGCUAGUUUGUGGGGGUGUGCGCCUGCGCACUAGAGCGUCCGGCGCGUGCAGGGGAAGAGGCGCGUGGUUUGCGGAGGUGCCCUUCCCCCAGUCAACGGAAAUACAGAGAGAGAGAGGAUGACUCGAGGCGCUUUUUUUGGCGGGAGCAGCGAGAGCGAGGACGAGGACGAUGGCUGGGACAUUGGGUUGGUCGCUUCGUCUGACAGACAGGAGCAUUUGGACAAAGUGUUGCUAAUAGAUGACAAAGAUGAAGCUUUAAAAAAAGCACUGACUGCUGGAAAUUUGUCUGCUGUUGAAGAACUCUUAAACUCAGGUGUAAGUGUAGAAUCUACCUUUAAAUUUGGAUGGACUCCACUGAUGUAUGCUGCAAGUGUUGCAAAUGUGGAACUCAUGCAUAUCCUUCUGGACCGAGGUGCAAAUGCAAGCUUUGACAAAGAUCAAUAUACAGUGUUGAUGGCUGCAUGUACUGCACAUGCUUCAGAAGAGCAGAUCUUAAAAAGUGUAGAUCUACUUCUCUCUAGGAAUGCAAAUCCUAAUGCUACAUGCAGAAAGAAAAUGACUCCACUGAUGUAUGCCGCCCGUGAAGGUCAUCCUCAAGUCGUUGCUCUUCUGGCUGGUCAUGGAUCACAAAUAAAUGCCCAAGAUGAAAGUGGUUACACUGCAUUAACAUGGGCAGCCCGUUAUGGACAUAAAAAAGUAGUGUUCAAGUUACUUGAACUUGGAGCUGAUAAAUCAAUACAGACAAAAGAUGGACAAACACCAGGAGAAAUCGCAAAGAACAACAGGCAUUCAGAGCUUUUUAGUUUACUUUCUUUGAUGGCAACUCCUUUUCAAGGACGGUUUCAGAAUCUGAUUAAAGGGGAUGCUAUUCAGAGUCUUUUAAAAGCAGUCCCUGAUGGCCAUAAAAUCAGUUCUUAUGGAGCUUUAGGUGACCUGGAAGUGUUUUUACAUGGACUUGGGCUGGAACAUAUAACAGAGGCAUUAAAGGAGAGAGAUAUAACUUUAAGACAGCUUUUGACCAUGGGAAAAGAGGACUUCGUGGAGAUUGGAAUUAAGGAUCAAAGGGAUCAACAAAAAAUUUUAGAUGCUGCUAAAGAACUGCAGAUAGAAGAACUAAAUUUGGGAGACUUGCGUGAAGUGAUAAAUGUGGAAUUCAGUGGUGAUGAGUUCCUUUCUUUUCUUGUGAAACUAAACAAACAGUGUAUUCAUCUUACAACUGCUAUACAGAGUGCAAUUAAUCAGUUCCCUACAGAUGCUCACAAGUUGGUUCUUGAAUGGAGUCCACCUCAGAGCCUUGACAAAGUGUGUGAAGAUCUUAUUUCCAGUGCUGAAGAUCUGAAUGGACAAGCUAGUAAAUUAAAAAAGCUCAUGCAAGAGCUGCAUGAUGUACAGAGGGACAACCCUUGCCGAAUACAACCUCUGGUGGAGAAGAGCAGAUGGAAAAAAAGUCUUUUUAAAAUAGCAGCAGCAACCUUAGUUGGAGCCGGAUGUCUCUUCUUUGUCAGCAGGUUAACUUUAAGAAUCGUUAGAGCUCAGCCAGAGUCGUACUUACAUCUCUUUUUAUAGGCAGAUCCAAUUUUUUCCCCAGUGUCAAAAACCAGGAAUAAAAAUCGUAAUUCAUGGUCAAUUCAGCUUUAUAUCAGCGAAAGUACUUCUAUUUCCACUCUUAUGUUUAAAUUAGUAGAGAGCAAUAUAUAACAGAUUCUCCCAAAUAUUUCCAAACUGUAUCCACUUAUAAUAUGGUAUAUAACAUUCAGUAUUUGGUUUUUAUGACAAAUAAAUCUUGGUUAUUGUAUUA